UUGUUUUUUUUCCCGCCAGCUACUAUGUGGCUGCUCCUUUGUCACUUGCUAGUUCUUCUCUUCCUGAAGCAAUACAGUAUCUUCAAUAUCAAAUAGCUGAGUUUAUAGUAAAGGGUCGAGCGAGGAUGCCAGAUCUAGUAAUCGACCCGUCACAUCUCUUGAAGCCUCUUCUGAAGUUGGGGUGGUGCCAGUGGAUCGGUGCUGUUAUUUUCAUCUGGGGCUCACUCCAUCAGAUCCGCUGCCAUGCAAUUCUUGGAUCAUUGCGUGAACACAAAGAUUCUGAUGAAUAUGUAAUUCCAUGCGGUGACUGGUUCAGUCAGGUGUGUUGCCCUCAUUACCUUGCUGAACUAGUAAUAUAUUUGGGCAUGCUGAUAGCUAGUGGUGGAUCAGACAUUUCGGUGUGGUUCCUGUACCUUUUUGUGAUAACAAACUUGUCCUUUGCAGCGGUACAAACUCAUAAAUGGUAUCUUCAGAAAUUUGAAGAUUACCCUCGCUCUCGCUAUGCAAUCAUUCCAUUUGUAUGCUAGAUGUCUCUAGGAAAUGCCAAAGACAUGUUCUGUUUGUUUUCAUCAGCUUGGACAGGUCCAAGUGUCCAACGUGCAACACAUAUUCAUGUAAAUGUGACAGUGUAGACAUUGAAGUACUGUAUUGUUUUAACUUAAGUAGUUUCAAUCACUCUGUUUGUACUUAUUAUGAUAUUUGUGUAUGUACAUUAAAAUACACAGAUAUUUGAUGUGCAUUAUUAUUGGUUAACAUUUUUUAGCAUUGCAAA